CCCUCAUCUUUUCACAGACAGCUUCUCCCUUCACCUUUGCUAUAAGCCUAUAACACGAUUAUCCUCUUCAUUUUUCCCCAAUUUCUUUAAAAUCAACAUUUAUUUGUUUGUUUGUUUUUUCAGUUUUAAUCAAAGUUUCAACAGGGUAAUAAAACCCCACCUACUUUGAUAGCGAUUAAUUCAAAAAAAUAUCACUCAAACUCGAUACAGCUUCUUUCAUGGUCUAAAGGUUCUGCUUUCCUACAGAAAUGGAAACCAUGGAAGGUAACAACAUAACAACUGAAACCCUAGGUGGGCUUUCUUCAUCUUCUCAGCCACCCGCCCCACCUCAUACAACCUCGAAACCAACUCCGGAGGAAAUAUUCGGUGGCGACUUGGGGUCGAAAAACGGCAGCGGCGGCGGUGAGGUCGUUGUUACGACGGUCGUUGAAAAGACUGAGGUGACUAUCGUCAAGGUAGUUCAAGAUAACAAAGAUGACAUCGUCAUGUUUCAAGAAGGAGAAGCUUUCAGCCACUCUGUUACAGAGAAAACAGAGAAUAACAUUGAAGCUAAAGAGAACGAGAAGGAAGGGGCUUUUGGUCAUUUGCUUGAUGGUAACGAGGGCAUGAACUUAAAUUACAACAAGGAGGCUAAAGAAAGUGAGAAAGAAGGGGCUUUUGAUCAUUUGUUCAAUGGCGAUGAAGGCAUGAACAUAGAUAACAACAAUGAGGCUAAAGAAAAGGAGAAAGAAGGUGUUUUUGAUAAUUUGUUUGAUGGUAACGAGGGUAUAAACGUAAAUUUCACUGAUGAGAAGUUGGUUGCUGGUGAGGAUCUGAUGGAUGUCUGUUUACCCGAUCAGAAAGAGAAAAAACCCGAAAACGUUGCAGGUGUCUUUGAAUUCACAGAUGAUAUGAACGAAGAGAAGAACAAUGAAGGAAAUCUUGAAAAUGGAACCAAAUCAGCAGAAAACAAUGAAAGCGAAGAAGAAGAACAUGAUUUUGUGGUGGGUGAUUUUGUAUGGGGCAAAAUCAAGUCUCACCCAUGGUGGCCGGGUCAAAUAUACGACCCAUCAAACGCAUCAGAUUAUGCAAACUCUAUAAAAAGAAAAGGUCAUCUCUUAGUUGCUUAUUUUGGUGAUGGAUCAUUUUCAUGGUGUUCGCCUUCUCAAUUAAAACCAUUCAUCGAUCACUUUGAAGAAAUGUCAAAUCAAAGCGACUCCAAGAAGUUUGUACAUGCGGUUCGAACCGCUCUCAAAGCGGUCAACCAUCUUGUCGAAUCAGAACUGACCAGUAAAUGUCAAACUGUUGACCCGGCUGCCCGGGUUCCCAAUGUUGACAUGGCGAACAGUGGGAUCAAGCCCGGGGUGGAGAUCCCAAAAGGGAACACAAUUAGGGUUUUGAUCGAUCGAAUGAACCCAAUUGAGCUUCUUUUGAAGUUGGACACUUAUGCUACCAUUGACCCUGGUUUGAAAAUGGUUGAGCUUGAACUUGAACUAACCGUGGUUAAAAGCUGGUUGGGUGCGUUUUAUUUACAAAAAGGCGGUUACUUGCUUCCGGAAUACCAUGAUCCGAUGUGUAUCGAAGGUCUUGAAGACAAGUCAAGGAUCGGAAUCAACGAUUCCGAAGUAAACGGGCCGUCGGAAUGUGGAGAAAACGGCGACGAUAAGUUGUAUCAAAAAAGGAAACAGAAAAGCGUGGCGGAGCUUUUGAGUGUCGAAGAUGAGCCGCCAAAGAUGAAAAAAACGAAACCGGUUAAAGACAAAGACAGUGGUGGGUCGGGGAGGAAACGCAAGGCGGCGUUGGUGGUGGUGGUGCCGGAGUCGCCGGAAAGUGACGGCGGUGGCGGUGGUGGUGGCGGUGUGGAGGAGGACGCGAUGUAUUCGCCGCGCCAGAGGAAGAAAAGCAAGUAUUUGUCGCCGCCGUAUUUGAGUCCGGUUUGGAGUGGGAAGCUGCCAGGUUCGGGUUCUGGUUCUUUCAAAGAACCAAAACCCGAACCUGAAAUGGAAAAGGAAAAGGAAAAAGAAAAAGAAAAAGAUUCUGAAGCUACUGAUAAGCAGGUUGAGGAGUCUUCUUCUUCUUCUAGAAGGAAGCCUCGUCAGAAGAGACGUGUGCGUGAAGGAUCAGAUGAUCAGGAGGGUAAAAUCGUAAUUGAUGGUAAUGUGAAUGUCGACAAGGUUUUGAAUGGGUUGUUACUUGCGGCACUUGAUCCUUCAGGUUCUGUGGAGAAGAAGAAGCUUGGGGUUGUGACCCGGUUCGUUUCGUCCUUCCGGAGCUCCAUUUUUGAAAACGGAUCUGAAUUUAAACCCGAACCGGAGGUGGAGGAAUCGGAUGUUGGGUUUGUGAAGAGGAAGAUUGAGGAGAUGAGGGAGAUGGUGAAUGGGUGUGAAGAAGAAGAUGAAAUCAGUGGAGAAGUGAAGGGGAGAUUGGAAGGGGUGAUAAUGGAGGUUCUCGAGAGGGUGAAGAAGUAAUUAGGUUUUGGUUUGGUGUUUUGUUUUUAGAAAUUUCAAGGGUGGAAAUAGAUUGAUUAUCUGUUUUUCUUUUGGUUGAAUUAGUAUUUUAGUAUUUAGUAUUUAGUAAGUAGUACUGAAUCUGAAUCUCAUAAGCACUUAAUGGUUUUUUCUGUGACUUAUUUAUGUAGGAGUUUUACUUUUA